CAUUAACACUAGAGAGAACCCAACAGUGAUUCAUUGCUAUCUAUCAAGCUAUCCUCUUCUCCUUCAACUUCCAUUCCAAUCCUUUCAGAAACAACUAGAAACCUUUAAACUGUGAUUUAAAGGAAAAACGGAGGAAAUGGUGCAGGAAUCAAAGAUGAAGUACGAGGAGAUUCGUGAAAAGAGAUUGGAAGAGAACAAGAAAAAAAUGGAGGAGCUCAAGCUCAACAAGCUCUCUGUUUCCCUCCACAAACCCACUCCCAGGCCUUCCCCUGCGAAGCAGAGGGUCCUGCGCCGGACAGUGGACUUGACGCCCGUCAGGAGAUCGACUCGAAUGGCAAACAAGCCACUUCGAAGCUAUAAGGAAGUCCCAAUCGAGCCUUUGAAGAUACCCAGAAGUUACAACAGAAGAAAUCUUCUGAACCGAAUGUAUGCUUCGAAUGAAGAAAGGAUAUAUGCAAUUGAAAGAGCUGAAAUACUUGAAUCGAAUUUAGAAUCUGAAUACCCAAGUUUUGUGAAGCCCAUGUUGCAGUCACAUGUGACUGGAGGAUUUUGGCUGGGUCUUCCACUCCAUUUUUGCAAGAAACACCUUCCCCACGUCGAUGAAAUCAUUACUUUGGUGGAUGAAGAAGGAGAUGAGUUUCAGACUAAAUACCUUAUUGAGAAAAAUGGUCUUAGUGGUGGCUGGAGAGGGUUUUCCAUUGAGCACCAACUAGUUGAUGGGGAUGCACUUGUGUUCCAACUAGUCAAGCCAACAGUAUUUAAGGUGUAUAUUAUCAGGGUAUAUGAGAAGGAAGACAGUGAAGACAAAGAGGUGGACAGUGGAGACAAAUCAGAUGUCACACACUUGGAUAGAAGUGCCAAAAGAAUUAGAGCAGGCAAGAAACAGUAGGCUGUAAACUUUUUAGUAGGUGAUUUACAAUGUGGCUUGGAAGCAAGCAGUUGCGCAAAACACACUUGAGGCUUUUUGACGGCCAACUGAAGCAUGUGGUCUCUGCUCUCUGUAGCUAUUCACAACAGGGACUAAUUUUUGUUUACAAAACAGUCUUCUAAUCAUCUGAGCCAGUAUGGUAAACUCUGCAGUUGCUGGAUUUUUCUUAGUUUUGGUGGUGGAUCUCCGAGGGACACGAGACGAUUUGAGGAAUGGAAACACCAUAUCCAGUAGGUUGUUUUGGUUAGAAAGCUUUAUUUAAACUGUAUUACCUCUCUUGUUUCUAAUGAUGAUUGCUAAACAUGCCAAGUGAAUUGCAUCAUAUCAGGCAUUACAAAAGAAAAUUACUUU